AUGAGUAAUCCUUUUGAUAUAACUGAAAAUCAAUUAUUGGAUUUCUAUGAAUUAAACUCGUUAGAUCCCAAAGAUUCAUGGCUUUCAAAUUCCACAAAAACAACAGAUUUGAGCAAAUGGCAAAAUGUAUCUGAUUUUCAAGACGAAUCAUAUGAAAUAUUGAAGGAUCUAAUGAAUCAGAAGAUAUUAGAUAAUAAUAACCCUUCAAAUAAUUCACAAAUCAAUAAUGACAUAGUAGCUGAUCCACUGAAUAAUAAAAAAAUGUUAGAAGUUUUGAAUAUGAAUAAAAUACCAUUAGAAAUGCAAUCGAAUUUUUUGAUUAAUAAUAAAAAAUUCGAUGUCAUUAAAUUUCUAAAGGUUAUUCAUGAUAAAGAUUCUUUUGAAGAUCUUUCUCAAUCUUUAGAUAACUUAGAUAACAAUCUAAAGAAUCAAUCUAAAGAGUUAAGAAUGUUAAUUCAAGAUAAUUUCACAAAGUACGUAAAGGUGAAAAACAGAGUUGAUCAAAUUUACGAAAAUUUUUCAUCCCAAGAUAGAUCAAAUAGUAGAAACUCUAUAGAUAUCGAAGCUUUAAAUGGGAAGUUGGAUGAUGCAGUGAAAGCUACUAAUCAGAGACUGAAACCACUAUACGAAUCUGCUAAUAAGAUAGCUAAUUAUGAAAAAGCAAAGACUUUCUUUGAAGAAAACAAGUUAUAUAUUAAUUCACCAAAAUUAUUGAGAACAUAUUUAGAGAAAAAAGAAUAUCGAAGUUUAAUGGUAGAAUAUUUAAAUGCUCUAAAUAAUUAUAACGAAUUAAAAGUUUCGUACGAAAAGCAUAAUAUAAAACUACCAACAAUAAUAACAAGAAUACACCUUGAAAACGAAAAAUUAAUUGAAAGUUAUAGAUGUCAUAUCUGGGAAGAUUUAUUAAAUCUAGAAAAUGAUGUCACUCAAGAACAAUUUUUACAAUUGAUAUCAAAAUUAUUAGACUUAGACUGCAAUCAAGGAAACCCUAUUCUUAAAUGGAUUUCUAAAAGAUUAGAUUCUUUUAUUACUCAAUUCGAAGAAUUAUCGGUAGAAUUUAGGGGUAAAAUUAUUAAUUCGGGAAAAGCAAUAUUAUCAAAUUUCAAGGACUCAAGUGAAGAUGCCGUUGACUUAAGUCAUUAUUUAUCAGUAGAAACUAUCUCCAAUGACUAUUCAAGUUCCUUUAAAGAAACUUCUGAGGAUAUCAAUCAUAACAAUAGCAUGUCAAAUAAUAGAAAUGUAAAUGAACUUGUAACAUCAGAUAAAAAGUUCAACGAAAAUAGAAAAUUAGGGGUUCUUCCUAUUGAAUUUUUAACAGAUUCCUCAAUUAUAAUCGAAAUGUGGCUGUUAAUCUUAAGAUAUAUAGAUCUAAUAGAAAAGUGCUCUAGACAAUUUAUUGAAUUCUGGGAUCAUGUUGAAAAAUUUAUGGACGGCUCUUAUAAAAGUAUUUUGUUAAAUGAUAAAAAGAAAGAAAAUAUUUUGGGAAAUAUGGAUACCAUAGACAAUUAUAUGAAUCAUUUGACCAUUGAUGAACAGCAUGUAAGAGAGGUAAGAUUACGUGGUCAAAACAUGAUAGAAUUGAUAUCUCUGAAAAUAGCUGAUAUUUUUGAAUCUACUCAAGCUACUUUGUUACUUGAAAAUAUAAACCAAAAAAGCGAUAAAGAUAAUCAAGCAACAGAAAAAUCAACUGGUGAUUUUGGAUUUGUACCCCCAUAUGCAAACUGUUUAAGUUGUUUGAGAUAUUUACCAAGAAUCGUAGGGCCUAUAUUAAGAUUUUCUACUGAGUUGGCUCAACUUGGCAUUAGCUCCCACUCUGUUGAAAUAUUAAAAGAGUUGACUACCGUUGUUUUGACACGUACUGUUGAUGCUAUAUCAGCUACCAAGCUAAGAGAUAUAUCGAAUUUCUAUAAAUUAGAAGAUUGGCAAGUGUAUCAAACUGUUCCAUUAGAUGUUGAAACUAAGAAGUCAGUUGAAUAUGGUAUUACACAGUUCCCUGAAAUAGUCCGUAUCUUUCAAGAGUUAAGUAUUAGAACUAUUAGAGAUAUUCUUUUCUCUUUUGAAAAACUUCCUGUAUUUAAUGGUAUCUCUAUUGUAAGCUAUCCAAGCAAGAAACUGCUGGCAAAUGUAGAAAUGCAACAAAUCGUUUCUUUGGAAUCUGUUUUGGAAGCUAUAUUAAAAAAUGCAGCUAAAGAUAAGGAUAAUCCUCGUAACUUCCAUACUAUUUUAACAUUGACAAAUUUACAAUAUAUCAGAGAGGUUACAUUUACUCACACAUUACAAUAUUUUGAUGAGGCAUUUGAAUGGAACUUGAAAAGCAAAAACCUUGAACUUUUUAAUUUAUUAGUUAAAAUGGAACAAUCGAUUUUUGGUAAUUAUUUAUCAGAUUUGAAAAUUAAUCUAAGAGAUAUAUUAGAAAUGAAGUUCCGCGAGAUAAGUUGGGCCACUUUUACUUCUAAUUCUUUUAGAGUUAGUGAUUAUAUUAUUGAAGGUCUGAUGGUUUUGGUUACUGUUCACAGUGAAUGUUUUAGAAUGGGACCUCAAUUAAUAAAUAAAAUAUUGAAAGAAACACAAAUUUUCAUCUCCAAAUAUUUAUUUGAAUCCUUCAAGCCUUUAAUUGGCAAUAUUUCUUCUGAUGGUUUACUUCAAAUUACAGUUGAUUUACAAUUUUUCCAAUCUGUACUAACAGACUUAUUAGAAAAUGAUACAAAGGUUACAUUAACUGCUUGUUUACAAAAUUGUUUUCAAAAUAAUACAACUAAAAUGAAAAAAUGUAUUCAAGAAACAACACCAAUUGUUGAAGCCAACUUGACAAGAACAAGUACUCAAUUUGCCGCAUUCAAAUAA